AAAUUAAGGCUGCCCUUAUCAGUGGCACAUGUAUUAUUUAAAGCCACUUGCAGCAACAAAGGAGUGAUUGCGACUUCUUGCAACCAGUCGUAGUGUCUAGCAGAAGUAGCCGCGUGUAGUUGGUAAAAUAAGAUGAUGGUCCGAGGAGAAGCGGAAACGGCGGCCCAUUUGACAUCAAAGUACUUUUCGGCAGUCGACUAUGCGGUUUUCGGCGGAAUGCUGCUUUUCUCGGCGCUCAUCGGCAUUUACUUUGCGUUUUUCGCCAAACAAAAGCAGAAUACGACAAAUGAAUACCUGAUGGGCGGAAAGAGCAUGGGAAUUUUUCCUAUCUCAAUGUCAUUAAUUGCCAGUUAUAUAUCUGGCAUCGCCUUGCUCGGCUUGCCUGCAGAAAUGUACACUUUCGGAACGCAGUACUGGAUGAUUGUUUUGCCAGAGAUCGCUGUCAGCUUUACAAUGGCUAAUGCCUACAUUCCUGUAUUUUAUGAGCUUAACAUAACAUCAUCGUACGAGUAUCUUUGCUUGCGCUUCAAUCAGCCCGUCAGGAUUUUAGGGUCAGCUAUUUUUAUCAUCAAAAUGAUGCUCUACAUACCACUGGUAAUUUAUGUGCCAGCUUUGGCUUUUAAUCAAGUUACUGGAAUCAACUUGCAUUACGUAACCCCAGCGGUUUGCAUUGUGUGCAUAUUUUACACAACUCUGGGCGGUCUGAAAGCGGUCGUGUGGACCGACACGCUGCAGACGAUCAUAAUGUUCUUCGGAAUUAUUAUUGUGAUGAUAUUAGGAACCGCUUACGUGGGCGGAUUCGGUGUUGUCUUUAACAGAAAUGCUCAGAGCGACAGACUGGAGUUUUUCAACUUUGAUCCUGACCCGACGGUGCGACACACAAUAUGGUCUGUGUGCGUGGGCAACUACUUUAACUGGCUUGCAUCUUGCUCAGUUAACCAGGCCAUGGUGCAGCGGUGUCUGGCAAUGCCGACCAUUGGAAAGGCAAAAAUAACUGUUCUGAUACUAGCGCUUGGAAUACUGAGCAUCGUUUCCAUGUCAUGCUACACAGGUUUGAUAAUUUAUGCAGCGUUCCACGAUUGCGAUCCCGUGACAACAAAAUUGGUGAGCAAACCAGAUCAGAUCUUGCCCUAUUUCGUCACACAAAUCGCGUCCAACGUCCCUGGACUUCCAGGGCUUUUCGUGUCUGGCGUCUUCAGCGCGGCGCUCAGCUCAAUGUCGACGGGACUAAACUCGAUCACAGGAGUGCUCUACGAAGACUUCGUUAAGCCGUCCGUGAAAAAGCCCUGGUCGGAGGCCAAAGCGAGCUUCCUCAUGAAAGUGGUCGUCGCCGUCGUGGGUUCGAUUUGCGUGGCACUCGUUUUUCUCGUUGAACGCAUGGGAGCGAUCAUUCAGGUUGCAAAAAGUUUGUCUGGAAUAACUGCUGGAGCACUUCUGGGAACUUUUUCGCUUGGCAUGUUCUUUCCGUGGGCCAAUUCUGCGGGCGCCAUGGCUGGUGGGAUCAGCAGCAUGCUUUUGGUUGCAUACAUUUCUUUGGGAACGCAAGCCCACAUCGCCUCUGGGAAAAUUUCCUACCCAAAAAAACCGUUCUCGGUUUCCGGAUGCUCUUUGGAACAACUUUCAGUCCUAAAUAAUUCAACAAUUCCAAUAAUUAUUGAAGAUGCAUCGAUCGGUGUCACUGCUGAAGAUGUUUCUUACAUUUUCCGUCUUUCAUAUCUUUAUUAUACAAUGAUCGGAGUUUUUACCGCCAUCGGCGUUGGCCUCUUGGUCAGUUUUGCUACGGGUGCCAAUAAACCUCAAGAUGUGGAUCCGCGCUUCCUCAGCCCUGUCAUCAGACGGUAUAUUACGUACGACGCCAAGCAAAGGCAAAAAUAUUUUGAUGGAGAAGCUUACGAACUAAGAUCGGUGCAGAAAAAAUUAAUCUCUCCAGCGUCUUGACACAAUUGCUAAUAAUAAAAAGAAAAAUGUGUGAAUAAAAAUUUUAAUAAGUCAGACACGAUUAUGAUAUUUAUAUGAAUUUAUAUGAAACAAGCGGAUGAUAAAUAAUUUUCACAGGUAAAUUGUUGAAGUUUGAUUACAUUGAUAAAGAUCUUAAAAUAUGCAGCAAUAUUAAUUAGAGGUGUAUCAAAAACCAGUUGUCUGUUUAAAUGCGUGCUCCCAUAGAGCUGAAA